AUGGGUUCUAAAAAUGGAACAACUGAAGUUGAAGAUAAUCAACAAAAUGAUAAUCAAAAUAAAUUAAAAAACAAUGAAAACGAUAAUAGUAACAACAACAAUAAUAAUAAUAGACCAGAUGAUGCAGAUAACAAUAAUAGAUCAUCACCAUUUUCAAAGUAUGAUGAAAUUGAAAAUAAUAGUAAUAAUAACAACAAAAAUGAUAAAGACAAUGACAACAACAACAAUUCAAAGUUUGAUGAUGAUAACAACAACAAUAAUAAAAAUAAUAACAAUAUUAAUAAAAAUAAUAAAAGAAGUAAUAGUAAUAGUAGAAGUAGAAGUGAAAGUAGAAGUAGAAGUAGAAGUAAUUUGAGUGAUAAAAGUAGUGGCAAUAGUAGUGGUAGUGGUAGUCUUUCAAGUGGUAGUGAUACUAAAGAAACCAUUUUUGUAGGAAAUUUACCAAGAGAUACUAUUGUAAAAGAUAUUGAAAAUCUAUUCAAAAACUAUGUAAAAUCAAUUGAAAAAGUUGAUAUAAAGAAUGGUUAUGCUUUCGUUAUAGUCUCUACAAAUGAUCCCGAUAUAGUUGUAAAAGAAUUACAUAGAAAAGAAUUCCUAAAUAAGAGUUUAACUGUUCAAAUUGCAAAAAGUGAAAGUAAAAAGAAAGAAGAAUCAGAAGAAGUUAAACCAAGUCGUGCUAUAUUCAUUGUAAAUUAUAAUGUUUCAAAAACUACAACUAAUGAUAUUGCCGAUUGGUGUUCACCUUAUGGUAAUGUAAAUAGAGUACAGAUGGUUAAAAAUUUUUGUUUUGUUGAAUUUGAAACUAUUGAUCAAGCUUCUAAAGCAUUAAAAGCUUUAGAUUUAAAAUCUUUUGAUGGGCAUUCAUUGACAGUUGAAUAUGUAAAUGGGUCAAUUGAUAGGGAUAACUACCAAAGAGAUAGAUAUGGUAGCAAUCAUUUCAAUCAUAAUCUUUAUCAUAAUCAUCAUUUCAAUUAUCAUCAUCAUUCCCAUCAACAAUACAGAGAUAACUAUAAUAAUCACCGUCAUCCCCAUCACCACAAUCAUCAACCACAUCACCAUAAUAAUCACUAUCAUAACCAAAGAGAUCACCAAAGAGAUCACUACCAUCAUCAUCGAGACAAUCAAAGAGAUACCCAAAGAGAUCAUAGAGAUACCCAAAGAGAUACUCAAAGAGAUACUCAAAGAGAUACUCAAAGAGAUAGUCAAAGAGAUAGUCAAAGAGAUAGUCAAAGAGAUAGUCAAAGAGACAGUCAAAGAGAUAGUCAAAGAGACAGUCAAAGAGAUAAUCAAAGGGAUUCUUAUAAUUCCAACAAUGGUAAUAAUUUAAACAGCAAUAAUAACGUCAACAAUCAUAAUUUAAAUGACACCAAUGGCAAUAAUACUGAUAAUGGUGUCAAUUAUUCUCAACAAAGAGAUCGUAGUAGAUCACGUAGUAUUGAAAGAUUUAGAGAUGGAAGAAAUAAUAGAAAUAAUUUUAGAAAUAAUAACAACAAUAAUUACCAAAAUAAUAAUAACUAUAAUAGAAAUAAUAUUAAUAAUAGUAAUAAUAACCGUGACUAUAAUAACUCUGACAGAAAUAGAGAAUUUUAUAAUGGAAAUGAUAAUGAUAGAAAUAAUGGUGAUAGAUAUAGUAACAAUAAUCGUCACAAUAUUAAUUUCAAUAAAAGAAAUAAUAACGAUAGAAAUUACAAUAAUAAUAAUAAUAGAUUUAAUAAUAAUAAUAAUAACAAUAAUAACAGUAGUAAUAAUGGAAGAGAUGUAGACUUUAAUGGCAUAAAUAAUAAUAAUAAUAAUAAUAAUUAUAGAGAUGAUAAUAAUUUUAAUAACAAUGAAGAAUUUGAAAAUAAUCGAAGAACUUAUAAUAAUGAUAAAAAAAGAAGCAGAUCUCACAGUAGAGGAAGAAGUAGAAGUAGAUCACACAGUGGUGAUAGAAGAAAUAAUAAUUAUAAUAACAAUAAUACAAAUAAUAAUAAUAAUAAUAAUAAUAAUAAUAAUAAUAAUAAUAAUAAUAAUAAUAAUAAUAAUAAUAAUAUUAAUAAUAGUAAUCAUUUUAAUAAUGGGUACCAAAAUAAAACCAACAGUAAUAAUAAUAAUUAUCCUAAUAAUAAUAAUAAUAAUAAUGACAGUAAUAAUAAACAAAGCCCAAGUCCACCAAGAAAAAGAAAUUUCAAUAACAUUGGUAAUAAUAACAAGAAUUUUAACAACAAAAAUUAA